ACUGCGAGUGAAUCGUAUAAAAAGGGGAACAGAAUCAUUGCAAAGAAUCAUCAGUAGUUCCCUUGGUUCAUCAAUCGGUGGCAAUCACUCCCGAUAAAUAAAGGUUAAUUUAAAAUGCUGAUGAAAUUCGUUUGUCUCACGGCUUUACUUGGCUGUUCACUUAUGCUGAUUACGGCCACUGCUGAGCUCGAAUGGAACCAAGUUGAGAAUUGCCAUAAUUAUAUUUAUCGGACAACAGGAUUUGCAUUGAAAGCUCGGAGAGGUGAUGGAGUAGGCGACGACACGGCUCUAAAAGGCAUUUCCCUGAAAUGUGGAGACGAUAGUUGGAUUUACUCUGGUCAAGAACCAUCGGGAGAAUGGGGUGAGAAUUUUAUUUGCCCGAACAACGGUUUUCUUUUUCGGUGCCAACUUCGUGUUGAACCCAAGAAUGGGAUCACGGUGGUCAACAAUUUGAAAUGCUUUUGCUUGCUCCGCAAUGGGAAAGUAGAAGAGUUGGAAGGGGACGGGCUCAAUCAAGGCAGUUGGGAAGAAAUGUACACUUUAGACCAAUUUUGCCGCAACGGCAUCAUUGGUCUACAGACCCAAGUGUUGAAAAACACGGCUCUCACCAACAUUUCAUUUACUUGCUCUAAAUCUGAUGGUUGGGGUUGGGUUGGUCGGCGUUGAAUUACUUCACUGUAUCUUGGACAAUUAACGGAUUGCGGUCAACUAUGUGAUGGACCCACAAUUCGUUCAUUCAUAAACAAUUUCAAAGCGUCAAAUACAGUCAAUU